AUGACAGUGGGUCACAUUUCGUGCAAAUGUGGCGAAAGGAUCAUCUUAGAUGGAAAGCCAAUGGGACGCGCAAGCUUUAUUGAAAAUCCUCACCGUUACUUGAGGGUGCAUCUUAUCUACAGCCGCCUUGUACACGACCCUAUGCAGUGUGCACUGGACUGCCUUGUAAUGCUAAGCUGUCGUUCUUUCAACUUUAGAAUGAAAGAAAAUUUUGAUGGAAAACACCACUGCGAGCUCCUGGCUUUUGACAAGUUUGAUAACUCCAUCAAUUUCGAAACGAGUGCAGAAUAUCAUCAUUACAAUAUCAUGGUAAAAAGAAUUUUUUUGUGUUCGACAUAGAUGGAAAUUACUGAAGAUUGUUAUAAUUUCUUGAGUAACACAAACACUUUUACAAAUAUUUUUAUAAAGCCAUUUUGACUCGAAAAUGAAACAUAAAAAAGUCAGCGAAUUAAAAAAUGAGGGGACGUAAAAUGAAUUCGAUAACAACACAUUUAAACAUAUAUAAGUUAUUCUGCAGCUGUUGUUUUGUUUGGGUUUCAUAACAAAGUAAAUAAAAGCCUAUUAUUUGUAGAAUUCUAGGCUCCUAACUCAAAUUAAAUUUGAAUGAUUCAUUCAUCAUUAAUCAAUAUUUGCCCUUGAGGACUACUCGAUGACAUUUUUCUAAUUUGGACAAUUGAAUUUUCUCCAAUUUCUUUCCCUAUCUUUUUUUUGUCAUUAUUAUUGUUUCUUUUUUCCAUUUUCCUUUAUAUUUCAAAGGUUGAGAAAUCGAAGACAUUUUUUCAUAAUGAAUAUAAUUUUGCUAUAUAUUUAUGAUUGAUUUCCUCCUAGAGUCCUUGUGAGGAUGCGCCAUGUCAGCACGAAUCCAUGUGUGUGCCUUUGUACGAGACAUGUGGAUUCCUUUGUCACUGCUCUUCCGGAUAUGCUGGAAAAUUAUGUGAAGUAAAAGGUAAUUACCUUGACCCUGUUAACAAUUAAAUCCUAAAAGACUUCAUACAAAUGCAAAAGAGCUAGCUCAGUUUGUUGCAGACCAGAAAAUCCAUGAUUACAGACGUCAGCUUAUAAAGGGUCGUCCAGCGUGCGUAUGUCCUAAAAUAAGCUUAAAUUAGUUUUGCAGUGUUAUUGUUAUUUGUUAGUCUGUUUACUAUUGUCAUGUUGGUUAUCUUCCCCUCAGAAUUAAGCUUGACCAAAUGGGGAGGAUGUGAAAAUAUUGGCCAAUAUUGAUAUAUUGUAAAUGGUCACGUGAGGCCUCGUUUUCGUGAAUUACAGAGUUUGUUGAACCGCCAUCUUUGAGUGCUCUCUCUUCUCUCGUCUCAAUAAUCCUUCUGUUGUAUUUUGCAGACUUCAGAGGUUGAUUUUAUGUUUUAUUCAUACAUUAAACCACUUUUGUUUCAAUUUUUUUAGUUCCCGCGUGGCUAAAGGUAAAUGCUGAAGACGUUUGUUUUGGUGCCCGAGACGAAUCCUACGGAGAGUUUACACUUCAAUACAGCGGUAAAAUCAUGUCAUUUGCUCUAGCUCAUCUACGCGGUAAAGUCACGUGUCAUGUUGGAGGAUCAUCUAGUUUCUGGGGGUGCCGGGAAGGACCUGAACUCCGAACGUUUCUUACUAACAAAAAGAACAAAGUCAUUUUCCCACAAACGUCUGGCAUUCAAGGAUACCGACUUGCUGGUGUGCGGUCUGACUCAAGCAGGCUGAUAUUCAAUAACCUUUCCGUACCUUUGAAAGUAACGAGAGGGGAACAAUUUAGAAUAUGGUACGAUGAGGAUCUUAGAAACAACUCUGAAAAGGACAACGGAGGCCGUACCUGCAUGGAUGUACAUGCACUAUACAUUUAA